AUGUAGCCACAAUAAUUUUUAGACUUAGUGCAAUGUGCAUUCUUUGACAGCAACAAUUAGCGUGGAUAGGCUGAAUAAGUACUCCUGAAGUAUAAGGAUGAAUGUACAGAUGAAUUUCUUGUGUAUUGUGCAUCUGCAUUUGCUAAUCGGUCAAUUCAGAAUCGUCUUCGUAUAGCUUGCAGUACCUUAGUGAAACGAUUGGUCGGCUUAGUUCAUCCUUCGAAUUAGAUCAUGUGGUUAGCUUGUUCUCAAAACACUAAAAAUGAAGUAAAAAUUAAGUUCAUGGAUCAAUUAAUAGAUCCUGAACAUGAGAUUAGAAGAUCAGCUGCUAAUACUAUCAGUGAGAUUUGUGCUAUUGAGUUACCACGCUAGGAAUGGCCAGAUCUGAUAGAAAGAUUGACAACCAACUCGAAACACAGUAAUGUCUUAGUGAAAGUGUCAGCUAUCAUGACUUUGGGAUACAUAUGUGAAUCAUUGAAAAACCAUCAAUCUUCAGGUAUUUCAGAAAAAGAUGCUAAAGUGAUUCUGAUGGGAAUAUGUGUUGGGAUGGAUACGAAUGAGUAGAAUCUGGAGAUUAGAAUCACUGCAAUCAAAGCACUACAGGAUUCACUCUACUUCAUGAAUAAUCUAUUCACACAACAAGAAAUAUUUACUUUUGUUAAAAAAUUAAUUUUAUAAAAUGCUAUAUCAAACAUAUAGGAGAUUAAACUUAAGGCUCUACAAUGUCUAAUUGAUUACGUUAAACAGUUGUUCGUAUUCCUCCCAGUGUUCAUUACAGAACUCUAUUAAACCACUUAAACCGCUUUUGAGAAUUAAGGAGAGAUCACUAUUGCAGCAAUAGAAAUUUGGAAUACAAUUUGUGCUGAAAUCAAAGAAACUAUGAGUGAGAACACCAAUCAACAAACACCAGAAACCAAUUCUGUUGAUUGUUGUGUUUCAUUUUUUAAGAAAAACUACGAAGGGUUUAUUAUUCCCUUUAUGCGCAAUCUAUUAUUGGAUGAUGGAGAUGCUGAUGAUGAAUACCAAUAAUUGUCUGUCCCUAAUUCCUCAAGUAAAGGUCUAGCAUACAUCAUCGAAUUCGCUGGUUCUAAUACCUAUGAUUCUGUUAAAAACUUUAUCCAAAAUACCAUAAGUCACCAAUAAUGGGAAUACAGAAAAGCAAGUGUCAUGGCAUUUGGAGCCCUAGCUGAAGUGUAAACUGAAGAAAUUGGCCUAUUGAUUAAAUCAGCAUUGACUAGUCUAUUUGGGUGUCUUGUAGAUUCAAAUUUCAAAGUAAAAAAAGCCACUACUCAAACUCUAAGUAGAAUAGCUGAGAAUUAUCCACAAUGCUUUCAUGAACAUGAUCAAGCUAAUCAGAUGCUUGCUACUCUCCUAGAUUAAUUAUCCAAUAAGGUUUCUAUUGUACAAAAUUUGGUGUGGGUGUUUGUUUACUUAACUGAAGGAUUAACUAAUUUUUAGAAUAGUGUCUUUACUAGAGAGAAAUUCACUAUUCUCAAACAUCUAGCCAGCACAUCAAUAAGAUCAGACAUCAAAAAUUAAGAGAUUUCACUCAUAGACACAGCAUUUAUGGCAAUCUUAAAUAUCAUUUACAGUGUGACUGAAACCAAGCUAUGUAAUGAUUACCUAUAGCAAUUUUAUCAAUAAAUUUAAUUACUAGAAGGUAGCAAUUAGUAUCCUGUUGAAAUUAAAUACCAUCUUGAAAUGGGAUUAAUGAGUGCCAUGCAUGGAUGUGUUGUAAGAUUAGAUGAUUCUACCACUCCUGAGAAACAAUUUGAAGACAUCAUGAAAACACUAUCUAAGGUCGAUUCUAGAGUUAAGAAUGACUACUUUUAUGUACUUUCUGGAAUCGCUUAUGCAUUCAAAAAGAAAUUGACUAAAUAUUCUACUUAAAUCAUUUCAGAAUUAAAUAAACCACUUUCAGAACCAGAUGACAUGGAUAGUUUCAAAACUGCACUAUUUUGUUUAUCUGAUAUUGCCAGGGCCAUGGAAGAAGAGUUUGUUCCCUAUAUGAAUAUCUUGAAUUAUUUCUUUGGAUUAAUAAAGAAUGUUAACUUUAAUAGAGAAUUGAAAAUAUAGGUGUAUAAUGCAAUUGCAGACAUCAUCUUGGGCUUGAAGGAUAAGUCAGCUCCAUUCAUGAAUGAUCUCAAAGAAAUCCUUAAAUUAGGUUUUGCAGCUAGCAUCGAUUUAACUAAGAGCAAUUUGAGUGUCGAUUAAGAUUACGCUGAGAGAUUGAAGGAGACCAUGACCGCAUUCUAUACCUGUAUUUUACAUGCAUAUUGUGAUCCAAAAACUCCUAUUUUUGAAUUGGGAGACACAGUUUAAUGGUUCAUCAUAUUUUGUUAAGAAAUGUGCAACUUAAAAUUAAAACCCACCAUUGAAUAUGUACGAUUGACUCUCUGCUGCAUAUUCGAUUGCUCUCAUUUCUUCUAAAAUAUACCUGAUAUGAAAUAGAAAAUAAAAGAAUUUAUUACCAGCGAUUUUGUUAUUGAAUUGAUACGAAAACUGAGUUAGUUCAAUGAUAAAGAUUAUCAAGAUUGCGUAAGUUUUGCUCAACAAUUACUUAAUGAUGUGUACGGUUACUAAUUGAGAUUAUAUUGA